UUCUUUUCCUGGGCAUCAGUCACGGCCUCCCUCUGACCUUUGACCUGAAGCUGGCAGCAGGAAGUGUGUUUGUCGGUGUGUGUUUCAUUUGCGGGAUGUUGUCCUCCUCCUUCAGAUGCUCAGUUCUCCUGAUGUUUCCCAGCAUGCUCGGCUCCCGUGGCCGAACGUACAUGAUGGUGUUCAUCCUGUCUGUGCUCUAUACAGGACCUGUCUCUAACGUUGUGCAUAACGUGCACUCGGCAGCUUUGUCUCUCAGCUGUAACCUGGACCUGCAGGUUCAUCACAGCAAGCUCCUGUGGCGACACGCCAUCAGACCAUUUACAGUCAUCACUCAGCAACUCGUGGAUGAUAAAGCAGCGUUUGAGUCGGAGGCUCUGAGCGUCAGCAGGAAGUUUCAGAUCAUCAGAGAUGAAGUCAUCGCUCAGUAUGGAUACGACCAGUUCAAACCACAGCGCAUGGAGUUCGACAGGAAGACACAGGAACAGUUCACUACAAAGACCAUGAUGCAGUGCAACAGUGUGGUGAAUGAGGGAGUACAGCGCUGUUCUGAUUGGUUCAAGCUCAGGUGGGUGGAGUGUAUGGAGGCGAUACCUGUCCCUGUUAUCAGCCACAUCCUCUGUGUCUCUAUGAAAUUCCACUUCCUGUGUGACAUCAUGAGAGUGAUGAGUCCGUGGUGUAAGCAGCACGUUCCUGUGGAGGGAAACUUCGGUCGUCUCUUUGAUCAUCUGAACGUUUCCGUUGACAUGUUGUCCAGAGAGUUCAGCACCGAGCUGGUUGUCCAGGAGCGGCAGGCUGUGCUGGGUGGAGCUCUGACCGAUCACUUCACUCAGUCUGUGAGAGAGUCUCUCCACAGACUGACAACUGUGAUGAAGCAGCUGCUGGACGUUAUGCAGCUGCUGCUGUCCUUCACCUUCAUCAGCGUCUUCAUCAAGGCAUUCAGGUACCUCAGACAGUACAGGAGGGACGUUCACUUUGACAAUGUCUACAUCACCACCUACUUCAGACAGAUUGACACCCGCAGAAGAAGAGCGGGGAAGUGUUUCCUGCUGCCGCUGAGGAAGUCAGAGAAGAAGAAGUUCAUUGACCCUCUGAGCCUCAGAAUUCAUCCUGACGAGUUUCAAGAGGUGAUGUCAGGCGUGUUUCAGCUGCUCUCAGUCUCUCUGCUGUGCGUCGUCCUGUUGACUGUCGACUUUUCUGUGGUCCACGCUCUGGACAUCGUCAGCAGACACACCUCCACCCAGUUCAACCUGACCAGUCGUCACCAGGUGGAUAUCAGAGUGGGUGGAGCAUCCAUGAUGGCCUGCCUCCUGAGGAAGACGGUUUCAGCCUUCAACAGCUCGUCCGACUUUCACAUCCACACCGACAACCUGAGGUGUGUGUCUCCCCCCUCCCCCCUCUCAGCAGGAGUGUAUGUGAGCUGUGUGUGUUGUGUCCUGUUGGUGGCACUCUUCACCUGCCUUCAGGUUUACACCAACCGCCUUCGACGGGUCAUCGCCGCCUUCUACCACUCGAAGCGAGUUUUAUACGUCUACAAUCUGCAGCUCCAGUGUCGGAUU